GACUUGUGACCUUAUAUAUAUAUAUACAUAAAAUACAAGGCCAAGGGAGAUAAUCCGGUUCUGAUGUUGUUCUUGCAGCAGCAAGAGUUUCCUUCAACUCCUGAAUUGAAGGAGAAUUCCAUGGUUUUUGUCUUCCUCUAGCAAGGCCAAAUCCCAGCUUUUCUGCUAACCUACAAACAAACCCCCUAACCCCUUCUUUUGGAGAGCUACAACAACAAGAAAUAACCAAAGCAAGGAAAGAAGGAACCUUUUUUUUUUUUUUUCUUGGUUUCCUCAUAGAAUUUGAGAAAAGAACAGAAGAAAGAGAGAGAAACAAAACUACAAUAACAAGCUCAAAUCACUCCUUUCCUUCCAUGUCAAACAUCACAGGUGAUGCAGCUGGGAGCAGCUUCUCUUCUGGCAACACUAGAGAUGAAGAACAACAACAACAACUGCUGCAGGAUCUCUUCCAUGGCUCCAACUCUGGACCUUCAACUACAACUAACAGCAAUGGUUCCAUCUCACCACCACCACAACAACAACAACAACCACUGGUCAAGAAGAAAAGGAAUCUGCCAGGAACUCCAGAUCCAAACGCAGAAGUCAUUGCUCUAUCUCCAAAGACACUGAUGGCAACAAACAGGUUUGUGUGUGAGAUAUGCAACAAAGGGUUCCAAAGGGAUCAAAACCUGCAACUACACAGAAGAGGCCAUAAUCUUCCAUGGAAGCUUAAGCAAAGAACAGGUAAUGAGAUUAGAAAGAGGGUAUACAUAUGCCCUGAGCCAAACUGUGUCCACCACAACCCGGUUCGAGCAUUAGGUGACCUUACUGGAAUCAAGAAGCAUUUCUGCCGGAAGCAUGGAGAGAAGAAAUGGAAAUGUGAUAAGUGUUUGAAGAAAUAUGCAGUUCAAUCAGAUUGGAAAGCUCAUUCAAAGACCUGUGGUACUAAGGAGUACAAAUGUGAUUGCGGAACCAUAUUCUCCAGAAGAGAUAGCUUCAUCACCCACAGAGCUUUCUGUGAUGCACUAACAGAAGAAAACAACAAAAUAAGUCAUGGUCUCACAACAACCUUUGUGGGGAAUUUACAGGGCAAGGUUUCAGAUCUUAUGUCACCAAUUGGAGUACCAGAGUUCAAUCACCAGGAAGUCAAGAACCCACUUAAGUCCUUCCCAGUCCCAGAGGAUCUCAUGUCAGUGCAACUUAGGUCUCCUGGUAUGUCAGGAAGCUUGUUCUCUAGCAGCCCAUCAACUACCCUCUUUGGUGGUCCAAGAUCAAAUAUCUCUUCUUCCUCCUCUUGUCUCCUUGGGUCUUCAGCCCACAUAUCUGCAACUGCAUUGUUACAGAAAGCAGCUCAAAUGGGUGCAACUACAAGUAAUACCAUUAACACCCCUAUGAUGCAAAAGACAUUGGUUACUUCCAUGGCAGGCCCUGAUCAGCUCUCUGGAAUGAAUAAUGGAGGAUUCACCAACCACUUCUCUAGGGUGAAUGAUAUUGGAAUGUUCUCUGGAAUGUUUAUGGGUGGACCUGAUCAUCAAAAUCAUGGACUCUUGAAGAAGAUAGAGAAUGAGAAUGGAAGAAAUCUUGUAGGAGGAUCAAGGUUUGGAGGGGAUGAUAUGAUGACUGUGGAUUUCUUGGGGAUUGGUGGAUCAAUAUCAACAAAUUUGAGUGAGAAACAUCAAGGGAUCCAUCACUUUCAACAACAGAUAUCACAUGAACAAGCAGAAAUGGAGAAAUCUUUGUGGGAUAUUUGACUCCUACAUUCUUGUCUUUUAUGAGCUUUCGUCCAAUGAUUUUGGUCAUAGAAGAAGGGCUGAAAGAGUUGAGGAAGUACAGAGGGUCCUCCUGCCUUGGCCGCAGGGAAGACAUGGAUCAGUUUAGUUAAUUAGUUUUUGUUUAGUAAAUCAUAUUUGAUUUUUGAAGAAACAGAAGGACACCACACCACAAAGAUCUAUUUUGAAGAGUAGGUGAGAUACUUUCUUGGCUAUUGAUAGAAAACAAUAUUUUCAGUCUUUACAUGCAUAUUUUGACUUUUUGUGGGGCCA